GUUGGUGUCGGAGUGAUGCAGUCGGCGGGCGAGGCGCUGCGCCGCGUGAUGGAGGCCGCGGCCAGCGGGCUGCUGCUGGAGCACGGGCCGGGCCUGCGCGACCCCUGCGAGAAGGAGCUGGUGGACGCGCUAGGAAACCUAUCGGCGCAGCAACGUGAGGACCUUACUGCCUCCGCGCAGCAGUUCUUGCGCCAAAUCGCCUUCAGACAGAUAUACAAGGUGCUGGACAUGGAGCCGCUGCCCAAGGCCAAGGCUGGCGGCGCCUGGAAGUUCCCGCGCAAGAGGAGGCGCUCCAACACCGACGCCGACGGAGACACGCCUAACGGUGAGGGCAAAAUAGUGAAGACAGAAGUAAAAGCCGAAGGGGCGGAGACUUCCACGCCCGCAGUCAAGAAGUGAGCCGCACAUACGCACUGGAUCACGUUCGAUCGUACAUCCUUCAUAAGUCUAGUUACUUUAUUAUAUCAUAAGUUAAUUCUUACUCCAACUCAAAAUGUUUUAAACGUUAAGUAGGCGUUUGACGUGGCGCUUUUGUAUUAUCUAUAAGAACCCUAGGUUAUAUUUAAAUUAACUCCAAAGGAAUUAACGACAACAAACACGUGAGUAUCGUGAAGCGAUAUUCAGGUAUUUACUUUAUAUAAUAGUUUAUAUAUAUUUUUUUUUGUAAAUAGACACUAGUGUAUGUCUAUAUGAAGAUCGGUUACCCGCAGUAUAUGUUAUUUAGAUGUUACUGUAGUACCUACUUUAGCGAGUAGUAUCGCGAAAAUACUGAUAUUUUUUGAAUCGUCUGAAAGUUUGGUGUGUUCGUGCGAUCCACGCGAGGCUGGCGUUCCAUCCCUGCGUGAAUCUCACUGAAUAUUAUAUUUUUGUCAAUGAUUAGCAACAAAAACUGUCCAGUACUAGCAACAGUGUACGUAGCGCUAGAUUAGCGUAGUUUAUUGUAGUUUAAUUAAGGGGGCGGGGGGCUGAGUAUGUGGAACUUACCGCCCAGAUUCUAUAUUCCCUUUAAUACAACCCGACGACAUUGUGUGCGGUAUCUCUUCACUAAACACUAGCUCAUGAGUUUAUCAUAUCUUAUUCAGAAGUUCCUAACUACAAGUCGAACCUCGUGUAAACGAGAGUAUUCUUCGCCAUUCACAAUUAACGUGCGAGCUAUUUCCAAAUUGUUUUAUCCAAUUGCUCCAUAUUGAAAUGUUGUUUUUUAAGAAGUUAGCCAUUUCGUUUACCGCCUCCCAGCCCCACAGCGCACAGCCAGAAAGGCUACAGUUGUAAAGCUGUCGUGCGUUGGAGUCCACACUGACAACAAUAAGUUAGGUAAUCUGCUAUUUCGUUAUCCGUGUUCGCUACUCUGAACCGCUUGUCUCGGGUGUCAGAUCAUUAGUUGGUCACAGAAUGUCCAUCGUCAUACAAAUGUUAAGUGUGUGACUCCUGUCCUAGACUUGUUAUAGACAAGGUUAUAGAAUAAGGUGCCGUCUUGGGACGCAGUAUUUUGACUUAUCCUUAGUUGACGUCAUAGUAUGUUUUUCUUUUAACAUUUUACGUUGAAACAAUUCAAGAUGUUAAAUCGAUGUAAUCGUGAGAUUUAGUAUCUCCGUCAGUUUAUCGCGUUACAAUAUUAUUUACAUAAUAUUAACACUCGUUAGCAAGCUUUGGUUUGUUACGUAUUAAAAAAAAUUAAGAAUUAGGCUAUUACCAUAAUAUCGAAAUGGUAACUCGGAAACCUCGUGAAUGAUGUGUAUCAAUUAAUAUAAUGACUGUUGAAUGUCUCCACACAUUACCCAUCAUUCGUAAACAAAACUUUGAAAUUGUAAACUUUAUCAUUGCGAUAUUUAGAAUAUUAGUAAAGUAAAAUUAUAUUUAUUUUUGACGUUAUGAUAACGUAAGGUACACAGGUACCUUAUACGCACGAUCUAUCAAAGAUAUAUUACCUAAAUUUUUCCUCACAAAACGAUUUUUGUAACUUGGAAAUUAUAUUAAUACGAAUAAAGAUAAAAUGCAAA